UGGGGCCGGCGCACGCAGCGCGAGUCACUUGUCAGCGCUCGUCUGAGGCGGAGGCAGCGCCGCGCCGGACCGAGUCUCUAUCAUUUUCUGGGUUUGGACUUUGAGCCGUUAGAACCAUGAGCAACUACACCGUGUCCUUGGUUGGCCCGGCUCCUUGGGGUUUCCGGCUGCAAGGUGGCAAGGAUUUCAACAUGCCUCUGACAAUCUCUAGUCUAAAAGAUGGCGGCAAAGCAUCCCAGGCAAAUGUAAGAAUAGGCGAUGUGGUUCUCAGCAUUGACGGAAUAAGUGCACAAGGAAUGACUCAUCUUGAAGCCCAGAACAAGAUUAAGGGUUGUACAGGCUCUUUGAAUAUGACUCUGCAAAGAGCAUCUGCUGCACCCAAGCCUGAGCUGGUUCCUGUUCAAAAGCCCACAGUCACCAGCGUGUGUUCCGAGACUGCUCAGGAGCUAGCAGAGGGACAGAGAAGAGGAUCCCAGGGUGACAGUAAACAGCAAAAUGGCCCACCAAGAAAACACAUUGUGGAGCGCUAUACAGAGUUUUAUCACAUACCCACUCACAGCGAUGCCAGCAAGAAAAGACUGAUUGAGGAUACUGAAGACUGGCACCCAAGGACUGGAACGACCCAGUCUCGCUCUUUCCGAAUUCUUGCCCAGAUCACUGGGACCGAACAUCUGAAAGAAUCUGAAACUGAUAAUACAAAGAAGGCAAAGUUUGACAGUUCUCUUGAAGACCUGCCUCCGAGUGGACCUCACCCACCUGCAACUGCUCAGGUUUUACACAUUGGUGGCCAAGUAGCCACGCUUUCUAAAGUAACUACAUAUUCUAGUUUAAGCAGCUCCACGAGAAAUGUGGUGGCAAGUUCUUUGGAAGGUUUUCGGAGCUUUCCUGCCUUCUCUUCUCCUGCUAGAUAUAGCGCUGCAGUUCUGAGCAGUGCGGCCGCGACCGUGUCUGCUGCUAUUGCUGCAAAAACCAGGUUCUCCAGUCCUGAAAAAUAUCACUCCCUCCUGGAUGCACUUUGCAUCAGCCCUGUUUCCAAGCCUCUAGCUUUUUCGUAUCUCCAGGCCUCAAGGAAGUCAACUGGCUCUGUCCAUGAUAGGAAAAUAAGCAACUCCCAGGAGCCUUCUCAGCAGCUGGCUCCGUCAGUGGCUUCGGCACGGAGCAUGCCUGAGAGGUCGGCAAGCCCAGCCUCCGCCAGGCCAGGGGUGGCCGGGCUCACCACUGUGGCCGCCUUCCAGCCUCUGGGAGCCACCGGCACUGUCAAGUCGCCAGGCUGGCAGCGGCCAAACCAAGCAGCAGCUUCCACUGGAAGAGUCUCAAACAGUGCCACUUCCCCGAGAGCAGCAGCACCAGCCAGCUCGGCCGAGGGGCAGCCCCCGCCAAGUGACCAGGACACUUUAGUGCAGAGAGCUGAGCACAUUCCAGCAGGGAAGCGAACUCCAAUGUGUGCCCACUGUAACCAGGUCAUCAGGGGACCAUACCUGGUGGCACUGGGGAAAUCUUGGCACCCAGAAGAAUUUAACUGUGCACACUGCAAAAAUACGAUGGCCUACAUUGGAUUUGUGGAGGAGAAGGGAGCCCUGUAUUGUGAGCUGUGCUAUGAGAAAUUCUUUGCUCCUGAAUGUAGUCGAUGCCAAAGGAAGAUCCUUGGAGAAGUCAUCAAUGCUUUGAAACAAACUUGGCACGUUUCCUGUUUCGUGUGUGUGGCCUGUGGAAAACCCAUUCGUAACAAUGUUUUUCACUUGGAGGAUGGCGAGCCCUACUGUGAGACUGAUUAUUAUGCCCUCUUUGGUACCAUAUGCCGUGGAUGUGAAUUUCCCAUCGAAGCUGGCGACAUGUUCCUGGAGGCUCUGGGCUAUACCUGGCAUGACACUUGCUUUGUAUGCUCAGUAUGUUGUGAAAGUUUGGAAGGUCAGACCUUUUUCUCCAAGAAGGACAAGCCACUUUGCAAGAAACAUGCUCAUUCUGUGAAUUUUUGAAAGUCAACAGUUCAGGAGAUGAGAAGAAAUUUGAAGAGAAAGAGGAGAAUUAAAAUUACCAAUUAAUUUUUAGAUUUAAUAUUUAUAUGGAGUUUUGAAAAAUAAUAGUGGCCCUGAAGGGAUAAAUUCCAGCUUUAAAAGCCAGGUCUAUGGGAAAUAUUUGGCUUCAUAAAGUAAAGAGACAGUUGGGCAUUUAUUAUUACUUUUUUCAUGUAUUUUCUGCCCAUAAAAUAACUUUUAUAAAAAUCAAUUUCUUGGUUGACUAUUAAAUUUAUCUUAGAAUAAAUUAGUAAAGAAUUAAAUUUUAGAAUAAAAACCUUGAACCUCUAUGCUGAAAUAAUUAUACUUUCUUUCCUUGUUAGGUGGUUAUGAGUAAAUCUGUAAAAGGCAAUAAAAAUGCCUUACACUUGAUCAAUAUGUGAAAUGUAUUUUUUUAAAAAAUAGUGUUUAUCUUUAAAACAGUAAAUAGGAGUUAAAACAGAGAAUUUUAUCAGUGGCGGGUGUCCGUUUUUUAAAAACUGUAUGUACAUUUUUUUUUUGUUUUACAGUUGAUCAUUCCAGUAGGAAAGGCCAAUGAGAUUUUUGAUCAAAAUGUGUCAUGCCGAUAAGAGAUGUUAUAUUUUUCUCUCAUUCUCCCCCAAAAAAGCCACCAUAUAGCUUACAACUCAAUUUUUUGCCUUUUAUUAAAAUAUAGUCGUUGUAUUCAUUAUGUAUGUUUCAUCACCUGUAUUAGUCAAACUCCAUUUUUUUCCCUUCCCUCAUGUUGAGGUAAAGAGCUAAUUGAAUAACUUUGGACUCUGACCGUUUUCUCUCUCUUUAAAGAGAAAUAAGUAGAGAAGAAUGUGAUUGGGAAUUAUGGUAAAUCAGAGGAUUGGAUCCAAAAUGUUAAAAAAUUCCUCCUUUUUGGACAAUGAAUCAAUUAAAUCAGUUUCAGGGUGGUAGUGCUGACUGAUGAAGGUUUGAGAGCUCUCUUUGCAGAAUUUUUUUUUCUUUUAUUCUACAUUGGAAAAAUAAAAGGCUUGGGGAUGUGAUCAAAUCUAGAUUUUUUUUUUCCUUUGGGUAGUUCUCUCUCAGUAAUAAGUGAACCUCUUCCAAAUGUGAUCACAAAGUUUGGAAAGCUUUUCUUCACAGAGGUUUGGUAGUAUAAGAGGGGAAUAUGAUUAAUACUCAGACUGGCCCAUUAUUUUCUUCAUUUAAGGAAAAAAGUUAUGUAGAUACCACAUGAAGACAGAGAAACAAUUGUCGCAAAAUUGUGGAUCCUGCUUGCCCAGUGAGAAAGAGAUGAUGGCAUUUGAUAGUUUUCCUUUGUUUCCAGAAUGGAUGAAAGCCCAGGAUCCCGCUAAGUUAUAAUUUAAAUUUGUUUGGGGCAAGGUGUUUUUAAAGUUGAGACAGAGCCCCAAAGUCCUUCCGGCCCCAUCACUCACUCACGACUUCACUUCUAUUGUGUUCAUGUUUGUUGUGGAGGGAGGUUUUCGCUACAAUAUUUGUUUAACCUCCCUAAGAACUUUCCAAGGCAUCUCUCCUGAAAGCUGUUAAUUUAUGGUCUAGCAGAUUUAUGUUAUAUACAGAUAAUAAUUAACUGGGGAUAAAAGAAUGAGAAGGGUGACACAAAGUGGCAAACUGAAUGCUUCACCAGUAGCAACCCCUAACUCCCUCCGCCCUUGCAUCUUGGAGGGAGGCAGGAAGGUUUUUCUGAAGUGCUGGAACUGAAUUGUGCGUUGUUUCUCAUUGCUGCUGAAACCACCUAUGGAAGACAUGCUGGCUAAUGUGCAUUGUCGCAUAUCUUAAUGUCAGUCUUUUGCUUUACAUAAUAAUAAAAUAAGUUGGUGGUUUUGUUUUGGUGUGGUAGAGAUUUUUUGUUAUUUAGUUUUGCCUUUAUAGAUUAUAUGCUAAGAUAGGCUUUGAUAAGUUAAUGGCAUUUGGGUAUUUCCUUCAAAGAAUUUUAUUUGGCCUGGAUUUCUUAUAAAGUUAUCUUACAUUAAGGAUAUCAUUUUUAUUAGACUUUUCUUUCUACAUACUAUUCAUGGAGCAUAAUGUUGCAUCUCUCUAAAUUUUAUCCCUAAAAGAGUAACGUUGCUUCCUAAUUUAUCAUUUUGUCUUUGCGCUUUGUCCUUCUCUUCUGUGGAAAAGCCUUAUAUCUGUCCCGAAAACAGUUAAUCCUGUGAAAUAAAUAUUGAUUAUAAUCCAGAAGAAUCUUUGUAUUUUCCAGUGGGGAAUGCCAUAUUUAAUACACCAGCAUUAAUCUUUUAAUAACUGGCAGAGCACUUUAUUCUUCUGGUGCGCUCCCCGAAUAUUUAUUUUUCUGAUUAUAAAUAUUCCAUGUCAGUAGCAUUUUUUUAAUUAUUACCUCUUUGCUGUAGAGCAUUUACUUUUAGUCUCUAGAUGUAUAUUUUGGAAUGCUGUGCUUAGUAUAAUACAGAUUAAAAUCACAGUACCUGACUCUAAAACAUUCCCUACUUCGAUUUCUCAGUUUCCAAAUGUUAGUGAUAGGUUCAGAUUUAUAACGUUUCUCUAGACUUCCAAGGACUGAAUGUUGCCCACUGAAGUAGCAGCCUUAGAAUGACCCCCUCUGCUUAUGCUUGUAGUAGCAUACGUAUUUCCUACUGAUUCAGGUUACAUUUAGAGUCGAAAACUAAAACCUGAUCAUUUGGUCACAGUAUUGUGAUAAAUAAAAAUAAGAGUUUAAAUCUUGAAAAUAUUAGCACAGCAUUAUGUUUAAAAAUCGUCUACAACAAAAAUGUAUUCUUCGUACCAUUUUCAAGGGAUACUAUAUGAGAACCACUUUUAUAGAAAAUAAUUCCUUCCUCUCCCCUGCUCAAGUGUAAAUCUCAUGUUAUAGUAAUUUUUGUGAUGUUUGGAGUUUAGUCAUCCCUAUUGAAAGGAAAGACUUUUCAGACAUAAGGGAAGCGAAGAUGUACUGAAUCAUUUUACACAAAUCUAAUGUGGCUUCAUCUCCCAAAUGUUUAAGGUUUGGAUUCUCAAUGUAUCAUUUGCCUUAUCUAUUAAUCUCUGUCUUCUGUUUCUUUAAGUUUUUAAGUUUGUAUAUGUCUGUGCUCUAUUGCUUUUGGAUACAUUUUCUAAUUAAAAACCACAUGAGAAAUAUAAUCAGUAUAGUAAUAUCUUGAUGUGCACAUCCUCAAUAAAUAAAUGGCUGCAGUGAUGUUGACAA